UCACCUUCGACUCUCUUGUUUAGACCUCUCUCUCCCUCCCUCCCUCUCUCGCGCGCGUUGCUCUUGUUGUCGGCUUGGUAAGUAAGCUCCCCGAUGACGUAUCCGCCAUAUUCCGGAUGAGAGGAGCAGCAUUCACACGUUGCCGUGGUACUUCAAUUGGACACUGUUCAGCCGUUCAACUCCAUCAUAUGCCAGCGGGAAUACACGGAAAAUAUACUGACGAGCGCAUAGAUAGUAUCUAUAUUCUUUGCUAGCUAUAGAUCAAGUCGUCGGACUGGUGGUGCCCCAGUAGCGCAAGUCUCGAUUCUGUUGCAUUACAGAGAGUACCUUACUCACUACCUUUAUAAUGGCUGCUAUCAUAUCUCUCAGAGAUGUACACGCCGCAUCUCACCAGCUGGCCAAGCGAAAGAACUGGGCAGCCAGAGAACCCGGUGUUGUCCUGGUAUUUUGCAUCAUCUUCGCUAUUGCAGUUGGCGUGCUGUCCACAUACCUCUACCGCAGGAUGCAACGCCGCAAAGCUGCUGCUGGCACAGCCUAGACCCUAGCAGCAGGGUCUUGCUGCGAUUAUUAGCAGCCGCAAUGUUUAUAGCUACAUUCACGGAUACCCGUACACAACACGCGCACACAUGCACAAAUUUCCCACCCGACUGGGGCACAAUUAACACACGAUAUACGCUCUCUUUUUCCGUUCUGAUGAUACGUGAUAGAAGGUAUUCAUUCAUGCUUUUGAAUAAUACGACUGUGGAUGGACUUUGCUUUUGUCGAUACCGAAGGGGUUGCUGGACUAUGCGGAAGACUGGAGUAGCAGCAGAAGAAGCCUGUAGAAUAAAGAGAGUGUCUCAGGGCAACAGGGCCGAUGUUCUCUUGACAUCUUUGCUGUUGCUGUUGAUGCUGAUGCCGUUCUCGAUGAUGCGCUUCCCCGGACUUUUCCUUGUGUCCCGCCUUGGCGGAGGAGCUGGGAAAAUAAGGGGCCCUCGAGCUCGCGAUGUUCGUUUCAUCCUUCAUCAACUCCUCUCCUUCUCGCGCUUCUCGCUUGCGUUUCUUAAUAUACUAGCAAUGCAGUCAUUCGUUU